AUGACGACGAAGUCGGAUGUUUACCAGAUGGGCCUUAUACUGCACUUGAUGGCGACCUGGAGGCAUCUCCCGUGCGGAAGUGAUCCUGCUCUGAUCGAGCUGCCGGCUGAGGCGCAGAGUGUUGUUGGGCUGUUGUCAUUUAUUGUUUGGUAUCUGCAGGUCGAGCCCAACGAUCGGGCGGAUUGUGAUACUGAUUUGGAGCAUGGGUGUCUGCCGGCGGUGGAGAUGCUGGAGCAGAGGAGGGAUGCACUGUUCAAGAGGGAUGGGGCGCUGGAUAGGAGGCUGUGGAGUGCGAUCGAGUUUGGGUGA